AUGCUGUUCCUGCAACUUCCAUUGCUAUCUGUUCUUCUCCCAGGUGGUAACAAUGAAGAUGUCUUCAAGGAGCCCAUCUCCUACCAUGUUAUGCAGAUAACAUCUUAUUACAACCAUUCCUGGGUAAAAACAGUAGGCUCUGGUUGGUUGGAUGAGGUGCAGACUCAUAACUGGGAGAGUAACUCUGGCACCAUCGUAUACCUACGGCCCUGGUCCAAGGGCAACUUCAGCGACAAGGAGCUUUUAGAACUGGAAUUGCUGUUCCGCAUGUAUUUCAUUGGAUUGACUCGGGAAGUUCACAAUUAUGACAGUCAAUUGCAGCUUGAAUAUCCAUUAGAGAUACAGGUGGCAGGAGGCUGUGAGCUGCACUCUUGGAAAGAGUCAACAGGUUUUCUGUGGGGAGCCUAUCAAGGAUUAGAUUUCUUGAGCUUUCACAACAAUUCAUGGAUACCAUCUCCAGAGUGUGGAAGUAAGGCUGAGAAUGUCUGUGCACUACUCAAUCAGUACCAAGGCAUUAAGGAAAUAGUGCACGGGCUCAUCAGUGACACUUGCCCACGUCUCACUUUGAGUCUGCUGGAAGCAGGGAAGGCGGAUCUCCAGAGAAAAGUGAAGCCCGAAGCCAGGCUGUCCAGUGGCACCACUCCUGGUCCUGGCCGUGUACUGCUGAUUUGUCAUGUUUUUGGCUUCUACCCGAAGCCUGUGUGGGUGAUGUGGAUGCGGGGGAAUCAGGAGCAGCCUGGUACUCAGAGAGGUGGUGUUCUGCCCAAUGCUGAUGGGACCUGGUAUCUUCGAGUAUUCUUGAAUGUGACAACCAUGGAGGCAUCUGACCUGUCUUGCCGGGUGAGGCACAGCAGUUUAGGUGACAAGGACAUCAUCCUCUAUUGGGAGCAUCACAGCUCUUUGGGUGUGAUCUUCUUGGCAGUGAUAGUGCUCCUGGUACUUCUGACUGGCUUUAUGUUGUGGUUCAGGACGCGCUGGGGAGAAAAUGCAACCAAAAUUUAUAAGAAAAACAUGUUAGAAACCAGAGUAAACUUCUGA